GCAGCGCUUAUGUGGUUUCUGAGCUGUCGUUCUGACUUGAUUCAUGCAUUUCUUUAUUGCUUUCCCUGCGGGUUUUCUCUCCUGUCUUGACUAAAUAUUUGCUCGUAUAGCCCAGGUUUCCACGGUGAAUGAACGAUUCUAGCUAGGACAGUACUGCAGUAGCGUCUGCAGGAAGAAUCGUUGAGCCCGAUGCAAGAACAGGGAUGAUAGAAUGCAUUAACGCAGGGUGAUGCAUAGUGCUGCAUAUGACCGCUGAAAUGACAGAGCAAAUGCAUCCGGGCUGCCCUGUCCAUGUGCCCGAUGCACUCUGUUCAUUCUGCCCGCCGUCUCGCUUAUCUCCCCACUCCCGCCAGCUUUCACUAGUCCCCACCUCCUCUUCCUUAUUCCCAGUAUUGAUUGAGAAAAUAUGACCUUUGCGACCCUAAGGGCGCUGCACGCUCUCAUCGGCUCCGCUAUCGACGACAUUGAGAGUGUCUACCGUGAUCCCGCCUCCCCGUACUUCUCUCCAGAUACCCCGGACUUGGGGAAUACGUAUACGCCGCCAUAUACGCCACCCCAAGCCGCCAGUCCUCCCUCAACUUCGCAAGGUAGUGCUCGCCCAUCAUCUGCUCUUCGCAACCGAUCACCGUCGUUGCAAUCUGUCGAUGAUAAUGCUCUUCUGACUCCGGUCAGCAUCGCAAAUUUCUCCAUUCCACCUCCGAAUAAGAGACAGGAGCGGAGAGUGGGGCGAGAACGAGCUUAUACUUUGCCGCCUAUUGCCAUUCCUCCCGUCUUCGUUCCGCCACAUCUGCCAAAGGAGCGGGAAGAAGUCAAGUUGGACUUUCCCUCACUUGACGAACCCCGUUAUGUCGCGGAGAAGAAGGAUCCGAAUCGUAGGAAAUUGGACGAAGAUCACUUUGCACAUCCUCAAGUCAUCGCUGCUAUCAACCAGAUCGUUGCUGCCUGCGGUCAAUUGAGCGCAAGCGUUCAGAAACCUUUCCUCGUGCUUUGUGACGCUGCUAUGGGCUAUCACCUCCCCGCCUGUCUGCGAUUCCUCGAAGCAUCGCAUAUAGUAGAGAUUUUACGUGAGGCGGGGGAGAACGGGUUGCAUGUUAAGCAGAUCGCUAAACGCAUCCGCAGUGUUCUCUUUCCUGGUGAGUUGCAGGAGGAAGAUCAAAAAAAUGGGAAGGAUAUAGAUCCUGGUAAAUUGAGUCAUAUUCUCCGUCUACUAGCCACACAUCAUAUAACCCGGGAAGUCCGACCGGAUGUGUUUGCGAAUAAUCGAAUCUCGAGUUUUAUGGACUCUGGAAAGGAUGUGCACAUUUUGGCUAAGGAGCCAGAAAAGAAGUACGAAGGCACAGAUGGUACGGCUGCAUUUAUCGGUCUCUGCACAGAUGAGCUGUUCAAAGCCUCCGCGUAUCUCACCGAUUGCUACCUUCCCUCGAUCUCUCCUCCCACCAUGCCUCCUUCUCCUACAUCCCCGCUUUCCCCUUCGUUUCCUUCAUCUUGUCCACCCAACUCUCCCAUUGCGCACGCAUCGAGCUCGAACCCACCUUUGAGCCCUCUUCGCCAGUCCCAUGCACAUAAGCAUUCGCAUUCGACGUCAUUCUCGUCUGUCGCUUCGUCCUAUGGUGAUUCGGUGUCCACUGGCAACAUGCCACCGACGCCGAGUCGAUCGAAUCUUGUACAAGCGCAUUUAGCCGGACAAUACCAAACACCGUCUACUCCUAGCAGUCGGCAUACAUCCACGUCUACUUCGAUUACUACACCUCCAACUCCAAGCCACUCGCAGGCUCAAUAUACGCCUCCGCCUCCCACCCCGAACUCUAGACUUCCGAGUAUUCCACAAUCGCCGGUCACGCCUCGUCAACGUCAGACUUCUGCGAGCACCAAUAGUAAUGGCACUCCUACGACGUCCCACAGUAGUGGUUCUAGCUCCAGUUGGGGUGGAAUUGCCAGAAAGAGAAGUCUAGGGACGGCGAGUACAGCGAGCUUGAGUCCGAUGACGUUCCUGCCUAACCCUGGGAUCAAGCUAGGCUCACAACCUGGAGGAGGACCAAGCGUUGGGAGUCCUGAGCCUCCACCGACACCAUCGAGUCCUGUGUCGUUGAGGCAGAGGAUUCCGUUGUUGAGGCGGGUUGGGUCAAAGCCUCUUUUGGUUAGCUCUGGAGGAAGUGAUAAGUCUGCAGGGGAUAGUGGACAUCUUGGAGCUCUGGGAAGUGCUUCGACCAUUAGCCUUCCAUCUCCAUCCAGCGCCAAGUCGUUACUUGGGGCACCGUUCAGUUACUCUUCGAAGAGUAAGAGUAAGAGCAAGAGCCGCAGUCGGGAACACGUUGAUGAGGUGUCGCGUGUGGGUGACGAUGAAAGUGAGAUUGAGUGGGAAGGGAUUGCGAGAGGUGAGAAACCUCAGGUGUACUCGAAGCAGCCGUCGUUGCUUUCGUUGAAGAGCAAGUCUCCGUCUGUGGCUUCAUUCAGAGGACCUUCCCGUCCUACCAUUUCUACGCCUUCCUCCUACUAUCACCUUUCACCCCACGUUCAACCUAACACACCAAGAAGCCCGUCCGCCCAACCUUCACUUUCUUCGCUCCGAUCUCCGUCUUCGAUGUUAUCACUCCAACCUCCUGCAAGCCCGGCGUUGAUGGCUCCUUCAUUGUAUAGCUACGAUGACCCAUAUCCUUCAUCUCAACUCUUGCCUUCCUUACCGCCCCCACCACCCCCGAGAUCGCCUUUGAGAGAGUCUCCUUCGUUGAUGAGUGUACGGUCUAUGGUCGUUGGUACUUCUGGGGCGAGUAUCGCAGGAGGCGGUAUUGGAGGCAAUGGAGGACGGUAUGCGAAUCGGAAGAGGAAAGACUCGAGUUUGAGUUUGAUGACUUCGCCAAGUUCUGGCGGGAGUACGACUUCGUUGGCUUUGGGGAGCAUGAAUAAGGGGAAGCCUUUACCACCCUUCCCUCCUGCUUCGCCCAUUUCACCUGCUUCUAACACAUCCUCUUCCUCUUCUCCUUUGCCUCCUUCCAAGCCUCAACCUUCCAAGCUGAUAACAUCCAGUUCGUCACCGAAAUAUAUCACCCCAACCCAUCCGAUGCAUGCACCCUUUAACCUGGCGUUCCGGACUUCGAAGCCGUAUUUUGAUUGGUUGGAAGAGAAGGGAAAUCAGAUGAGGUUGAGGCGGUUUGGGAAAGCUAUGACGGGGACUGGAGGGUGGGAGGUUACUGGUGCUGUACUUGACGGAUUUCCGUGGCAUGACCUCUCGCAGGAUUCAAUCGUGGUCGACGUGGGAGGUGGCAUUGGUUCGACUUCGAUGUUGCUCGCGAAAGCGUGUCCGCAUUUGAGGUUUGUGAUUCAGGAUCGGCCGCAGGUCGUUGAGAUGGGUCUUGCUGCCUGGAAGACUAGGAGUCCUGAAUUACUUGAAGAAGGACGAGCAGCUUUCUUGGCACAUGAUUUCCUCUCCCCCCAACCACCUAUUCCUAUAGCACUUCUCCGACCACGAGAGACGGCGUUAUUCGAAAGUGGAACUGAAGUUAAUGCGCCGGUUACGACGAGCCCUAUUAGUGGUAAUUUUGGACUCAAGGAUUGCACGGAAGAUGGGAAGACGGAAGAAGAGCAAAGAGUCCAGAAGAGGCCGGCGGUGUUCUUGUUGAGGGUGAUUACGCACGAUUGGCCAGAUGCGUAUGUUACGCGCAUAUUACUCCAACUCAGAAAGUCUGCUGGUCCGGAUACGAAACUUCUCUUGGCGGACUAUAUAUUGCCGCUUGCGUGCGUGGACGAAGAUUCCGAUGACGAAAGCGUUCAUGGUGGAAAGCGAGCUUCAGAUGAUAGCGAUGGGAAGAAGCGAAGGGAGACUCUACCUGGAACAGUAAAGUCUCUCGCGCCUGAAGGUUCCCCGUUGUUGCCGAACUUGGGGAAAGCAAAUGCGAACGCAUAUUGGCUUGACCUUACGAUGAGAGUGACAUUCAACGCUCAAGAGCGAACUCUCCGCGAGCUCACUGCCUUGACUUUGACGGCUGGGUGGAAAGUCGUACAGGUGACCAGGGCUGAAGGGUCUCUGUUCGGUCAUGUCAUCGCAGUCCCAGUGGACAUUCCCGAGGAGUCGCUAGCAUUACUGAACGUUCGUGAAGAGAUGUCGGCCGAUGACAUGCCUCCUAUGUCCGAUUUGGAAGUAUACAGCCCACCCAUGGGAGACACUUUCUUCAGCAACGUCAAUCUGCCGUCCGAAGAUAUCAUUCGUUCACGUAUCUCAAAACGGAUGUUCAAAGGCAAAGGACUCAAAGGGCUCGGGCUGGGUGCUAUGGUCGCGAGCGCUAGUGAGAACCUAGGUCUGAAGUCCAAGUCCAAGGUUCCCUCAGUCAAGUCUCCAAGCACUGUCAGGAAGCGUAGUCGGGCGUAUACUGUCACCGGAGCGAGCGGUAUCGGUGAUGCGCAUGGUGUACCAAUACCACCAUUGCCGUUGUCGAUGCACGUGGAUGCAAGUGAAGAACAAAGUGAUAAGGUCAUGCCACUUGGAAGAGUUGGGGAUACGAAGAGGGGUGGUUGGAAGACCCUGGUGAGGAUGUUGUCGAAGCCUCAGUUAAGUGCUGCAGAUCGUCCGUGACGAUUUCUGGUUCUGUCGAUGUUCGUUCGUUCUCUUGACUUGCAACUGGUUUUUAUUCAUGCAUUGCUUUCUCAGAUUUAUGCUUUCUCCCUCGCUUCCGCAUGUUAUCGUUAUUCGUAUUUCUGACUUUGUUAUUGAUGUUGUUUUACUGGACCUAGUGUAUUUUUUUCUCAGUUUGCAAUGAAUGUAAAUAUAGCUUGGAGUUGUGACGUCGAGGCGAUAUUUUUGGAUCUGGCGCGCUUGAGUGUUAUUCCACUCCUCCCAUGCGAUCCACUCUAAUUCCAUACACGCAGCUUCCAAUCCAACGCGAUGAUUUCUGACU